UUGUGAUAUUUUCUUUCAUAUAUACAACAAACCUGAAUGCUAUAUUUCUUGUUCUUACUAUAGCAUCUCUAGAAUCAGCACGAAAGUGUGCAGCAGAUUAGAUUUAUGAAACGACUGACGAUGAACGAUUCGGGCGUGGGAAAAGACAACAUGUUUUAUAUAACCCUUAUGGAAGCGAUGAAGAAGAAGAAACAAUAGAUUAUAUUGAACCAUGAAAAAUUCUGAAGAAGAAACAGACCUGCACGGGUACUUUUCAUCAUUACCACCAUGUCCUUCCAAUUUGGAAUUAAACGAAUUUUAUAACAUUGUACCAGUUACUGAUACAAACGAAAUAAAUGACCCAUUGCUCACAAGACCUGAGGAAAAGCAAAGCUCGAAUAUCCCGAUAAUAUUACAAGGAAAGAUAACAUCGCAAUAUAGUACAUUCAUGGAGACCGAUUUCGAUUCUAUUGUAUCAAAAUGGUUACGUUUCGCAAAACAGCGGAAGAAGAAAGAGAAAAUAAUAGAAAACAAUGUAGCGGAAAAUAAUAUCCAAAAUGCAGCGGAAAAUAAUACCCAAAAUUAA